GAAUAAACAAAAAUGUUUCGGGGUUAGCAAGUCAAAGUUGUGCUCUGACCAUACACCUUUGACAUUAAUAAUCUCUUACAACCUGUUCCAUCUUCGCUGUCCAUCAUUCUUAAGGAACAUAACAUCAUCUGCUUCCACCUUCAACUUUGGUUAAUUUGAACCAUGGAGCACUUAGACAUUGUGAGUGAAGUGAAGCAUCAAAGAAUCAAAACCAACGGGAUAUGGCUACACGUGGCAGAGAAAGGAACAGGUCCACUAGUUCUGCUGCUUCAUGGCUUCCCAGAAACAUGGUAUGCCUGGCGCCACCAGAUCAAUUUCUUGGCCCAUCAUGGCUACCAUGUGGUUGCACCUGAUCUUAGAGGAUAUGGUGACUCUGAUUCUCCUAUUGACCCCAGUUCCUACACUAUUCACCACCUUGUAGGUGACAUCAUAGGUUUCCUUGAUCAUUUUGGUCAACAUCAGGCAUUUAUUGUUGGAUCUGAUUGGGGAGCAGUCAUUGGAUGGCAUCUGAGUCUGUUUAGGCCUGAAAGAGUCAAAGGAUUUGUUUGUCUGGGUUUUCCUUACUACCCAAGAUCUCCAACUGCUAAAACGGUUGAAACUAUCAGGAAAUUAAUUGGAGAUGAGAGUCAUGUUUGCCAGUUCCAGGAACCUGGUAGAGCAGAGAGGGCUUUUGCUAGAUAUGAUUAUUUGACAGUGAUGAAGAAGUUUUUGCUGAUAACACGGACAGAUUUUCUAGCAUCUCCAUCGGGCAUGGAGCUUGUUGAUUUCUUGCCAACACCUUCGGUUGUGCCAUCAUGGAUAACCGAGGAAGAACUCAUGGUCUUUGCAGACAAAUUCCAAGAGUCUGGUUUCACUGGUCCACUCAAUUAUUACCGUGCAAUGGACUUAAACUGGGAGCUUCUUGCACCAUGGCAAGGAUCAAAGCUAACAGUUCCAACGAAGUUCGUAGCAGCAGACAAAGACAUCGGUUUUGAAACAGCGGGUACAAAGGCUUUUGUGGAAAGUGAUAUUUUCAAGAGCCUAGUUCCCAACCUUGAAGUGGUUAUACUAGACGGCCACCAUUUUAUUCAUCAAGAAAAAGCCCAACAAGUUUCACAUGAAAUCCUUUCCUUCAUCCGUAAAUUAUCCCCCAAUGCUUCCAUAUAAUAUUAGCUAUUUAUAGAGAAUUGUUGAUUGUUAAUGUAAACCCCUUUGUCUAGGUUGUGACAAGGCAGUGUAGUUUUUACUUACUAGUCUGAUUUUCACAAAUUAUUUAAAUUAGUGAUUCUUCAUUUGCUUUUAUUGAUAUUAUAAUUUAAAGAUUCAAUGAACACAAGCUAUUCUGUACAAAAA